AUGAACGCGAGCGCCUCCUCGCUCAACGAGUCCCAGGUGGUGGCAGUGACGGCCGAGGGAGCGGCGGCGGCGGCCACAGCGGCAGGGGCGCGGGACAGCGGUGAAUGGGGGCCGCCUGCGGCGGCGGCGCUGGGGGGAGGCGGCGCAGCUAACGUGUCCCUGGAGCUGUCUUCUCAGCUGCCGGCCGGGCCGCCGGGGCUGCUGCUGUCGGCGGUGAAUCCUUGGGACGUGCUCCUGUGCGUGUCGGGGACGGUGAUCGCAGGCGAAAACGCGCUGGUAGUGGCGCUAAUCGCGUCCACCCCCGCGCUGCGCACGCCCAUGUUCGUGCUGGUGGGCAGCCUGGCCACCGCCGACCUGCUGGCGGGCUGCGGCCUCAUCCUUCACUUCGUGUUCCAGUACGUGGUGCCCUCAGAGACGGUGAGCCUGCUCACGGUGGGCUUCCUCGUGGCCUCCUUCGCUGCCUCGGUCAGCAGCCUGCUGGCCAUCACGGUGGACCGCUACCUGUCUCUCUACAACGCGCUCACCUACUACUCGCGCCGGACCCUGCUGGGAGUGCACUUCCUGCUCGCCGCCACCUGGACGGUGUCCCUAGGUCUCGGGUUGCUGCCGGUGCUCGGCUGGAACUGCCUAGCAGAGCGCGCCACCUGCAGCGUGGUGCGCCCGCUGACACGCAGCCACGUGGCGCUGCUCUCCGCCGCGUUCUUUGCGGUCUUUGGCAUCAUGCUGCACCUGUACGUGCGCAUCUGCCAGGUGGUCUGGCGCCACGCACACCAGAUCGCGCUGCAGCAACACUGCCUGGCGCCGCCCCACCUCGCAGCCACCAGAAAGGGUGUGGGUACGCUGGCUGUGGUGCUGGGCACUUUCGGCGCCAGUUGGCUGCCCUUCGCCAUCUACUGCGUGGUAGGCAGCCGCGAGGACCCGGCAGUCUAUACCUACGCCACCCUGCUGCCCGCCACCUACAACUCCAUGAUCAAUCCUAUCAUCUAUGCCUUCCGCAACCAGGAGAUUCAGCGUGCCCUGUGGCUCCUGUUCUGUGGCUGUUUCCAGUCCAAAGUGCCCUUCCGUUCUAGGUCCCCCAGUGAGGUCUGA